AUGCUGUCCGAGCAAGCCCAAAAGUGGUUUCCUACCCACGUGCAGGUCACAGUGCUCCAAGCCAAAGAUCUGAAGCCCAAAGGCAAAAGUGGCACCAAUGACACAUACACUAUAAUUCAGCUGGGCAGGGAAAAGUACUCCACCUCUGUAGCCGAGAAAACCCUUGAGCCAGUCUGGAAGGAAGAGGCCUCUUUUGAGCUACCUGGGUUGCUAAUGCAGGGGAAUCCGGAGAAAUACAUUCUUUUCCUCAUAGUUAUGCACAGGUCCCUGGUGGGUCUGGAUAAAUUUUUAGGGCAGGUGGCAAUCAAUCUCAAUGACAUCUUUGAGGACAAACAAAGAAGGAAAACAGAGUGGUUUAGAUUAGAAUCCAAACAAGGAAAAAGAGCCAAAAACAGGGGUGAGAUAAAGGUCAAUAUUCAAUUCAUGAGGAACAAUAUGACAGCAAGUAUGUUUGACUUAUCAAUGAAGGACAAAACAAGGUCUCCUUUUGCAAAAUUAAAAGAUAAGAUGAAAGGUAGAAAAAACGAUGGGACAUUUUCUGAUACGUCUUCUGCCAUCAUUCCAAGUUCUCACAUGCCCGAUGCCAGUACUGAAUUUUCAAGUGGUGAAAUGCAGAUGAAAUCCAAACCAAAAAAGCCUUUCCUUUUGGGUCCUCAGCGACUCUCUUCGGCACAUUCGAUGUCUGAUCUGACUGGGACCCACAUAUCUUCUGAGAAGCUGAAGUCUGGCACCGCUGGUCAGACACAUCUUCUUGGACGCCAGAUAGAUUCCUUCGGAGCGGUUCCGGAAAGUGGAAGUCUCAAAUCUCCACACAGAAGAACAUUAAGCUUUGAUACUUCUAAAAUGAACCAACCUGACAGCAGUGUGGAUGAAGGUGACUCGUCUUUCGGAAGACAAAAUGACCCAUUUACAAAUGUGACUGCUUCAUUACCCCAAAAAUUUGCAACACUGCCAAGGAAGAAAAAUCCAUUUGAAGAAAGCAGUGAAUCCUGGGACAGCAGCAUGAAUUUAUUUUCAAAACCAGUUGAAGUAAGGAAAGAAAAUAAAAGGGAGAAAAGGGAGAAAGUUAGCCUGUUUGAAAGAGUGACUGGAAAAAAAGAUAGCAGAAGAUCUGAUAAACUUAACAAUGGGGGAUCUGAUAGCCCUUGUGACUUGAAAUCACCCAAUGCAUUUAGUGAAAAUCGUCAGGACUAUUUCGAUUAUGAGUCAACUAAUCCGUUUACAGCAAAAUUCAGGGCUUCAAAUAUAAUGCCAUCUUCAAGUUUUCAUAUGAAUCCAACAAGCAAUGAGGACCUCAGGAAAAUCCCGGACAGCAACCCUUUUGAUGCCACCGCAGGGUAUCGUGGUCUGACCUACGAGGAGGUCCUGCAGGAGCUGGUGAAGCACAAAGAGCUCCUCAGGAGGAAAGACACGCACAUCCGGGAACUCGAGGACUACAUCGACAACCUCCUCGUAAGGGUCAUGGAGGAGACGCCCAGUAUCCUCAGAGUGCCAUACGAACCGUCCCGGAAAGCUGGCAAGUUCGCCAACAGUUAA